CAUUCAGAUACACCAAGGUGAACACACACACACAGUUACACAGGAUCAGGGGGAAGUCUCUGAUCCGCCAUUUGUAUAUUUCUCGCCGAGGGGGCGGAUCUUUAAGUUUCCAUCCCAGCGACAGGAACCAGAGUCGGUAUCGAGUCAGGAACAAUGUGGAGGAAACGAAGCUCGUAGUCAUUUCUCCUCUAGCGUCGCUUCACCUGCAGGAAGAAGAAGAAGAAGAAGAAGAAACGAUGGAUCGAUACGACGACCUGGACCUGGAGUGUGAUGGAGGAGGUGUUGCAGAAAAAGCAGCGUUAUUUGGUGGGAUGUUCAAGAGACCCUCCAGAUCUGCAGCUCCACUUGUCCAAGACCAGGACAAUUUAUCAACCAAGAGUGAACUUUCCAACAGCAGCGAGAGUCUGAACAGCAACAAGGAGAAAGGAGGCGGGUUGAAGGGAAUGUUCAAGAAGACGACCAAAUCUGCCAAAGAGGCUCAACCACAGGUUACCCUCUCUUCGCAAAAUCCUGAUCUCUCUGCCAGUAGCGACAGUUUAAAAGAAAACAACAAGUCAUCAAAGGACAAACCAGGUGUCCUGGGUGGGAUCCUGAAGCUAACUCACAAACCAGGACAUGUCCGGAGGCCGUCACAGGAUCUUUUGGAGAGUGAACUCUCAGUCAGCGAGGGAAGUCAGUCUGAAAACACUAAGGAGUCGGGUGGGAUGUUGAGUGGGAUGUUCAAGAAAAAGAAGACACAAUCUCAGGAGGAUUUGGCUGCAGCAAGCGACAACGACAAUGUGUCUGUAACUGGAAACACUAAGGAGUCCGGUGGGAUGUUCGGUGGAAUAUUUAAAAAAGCCCCAAAGUCAAGGACACAAUCUCAGGAGGAUUUGACUGCGCCCAGCGAGCUCUCAGGCAGCAACGACAAUCUGUCUGCUACUGGAAACACUAAGGAGUCCGGUGGAGUGUUCAGUGGAAUGUUUAAAAAAUCUCCAAAGCCUUUCGGAGCGAGGACACAGUCUCAGGAGGAUUUGACUGCACCAAGUGAGAUCUCAGGCAGCAACGACAAUCUGUCUGCAACUGGAAACACUAAGGAGUCCGGUGGAGUGUUCGGUGGAAUAUUUAAAAAAUCUCCAAAGCCUUUGGGAGCGAGGACACAGUCUCAGGAGGAUUUGACUGCACCAAGUGAGAUCUCGGGCAGCAACGACAAUCUGUCUGUAACAGGAAACACUAAGGAGUCCGGUGGGAUGUUCGGUGGAAUGUUUAAAAAAUCUCCAAAGCCUUUGAGAGCGAGGAGACAGUCUCAGGACGACUUGGACGAGCUCUCAGGCAGCAACGACAAUCUUUCUGAGAACAGCACCAAGGAGAAAGGAGGAAUUCUGAGUGGUGUGUUCAAAAAGAAAGGUGCCAAGUCUCAGUCUCAGGAUAACUUGUCUCUGGAGGGGGAACUCUCUGCCAGCAGCGACAGUCUCUCAGAGAAGUCUUCAAAGGGUGGAGCCAAGAAUCUGAUGAACCUCAAGAAUCCUUUCACCUCCUCGUCUCAGGAGAAAGAAAAGACCGAACCCUCGGGAGACUCAAGUGAGAAUAUCUCCUCCACAGAGAAGCCCAAAGGCAAACAGAACGGUUUGACUGCGAUGAUGAAGAGCACGUUCUCCACCGACAAACGGGAGAAGAACUCUGACACUGACGAUGAGGAGACAUCGGAGAACGAGGAGAGCCAGCCCGGUCACAAACAGAAUAAAUUUACCGAGGCGAUGACAAAGCUGAACCCGUUUCGAUCUGCAGCCAAAAAAGACGCUGAAGACACAGAGAACGAGAAACUAGAGGAAGAGAAGUCGAAACCGGUCAAAAGCAACGUGAUCCAGCGAGAAACGAAGGUAAAGAGUGAAACCCCAGCGGUCCCACCCAAACCAACUGCAGAGGAAAUGAAAAGGAUAUCCACACACGAUAAAGUGAAUCCAGGAGGGGCCGAGGAUAAUCAGGAUAAAAAGGAAAUGAUCUCCCGGCAGAAGAAGGACAAGGCUGCAGAGACUCCUGUCGUCCCUGUCCGACCAUCAGGGGAGGAGAUGAAGAGAGCAGUGAAACCAAAGCUGAGCAGCAACCGUCAGAGCCACUCAGACGACGAAGGACUCAAACCAGAUAAAUCUGCUGAAGCCAAAGACGGAGACAAGGUGAAUCCUCCAGAGAGUAAAACAACCAAGGUGAAAAAACACAAGCACCAUAACCCGUUUAUGUCUCGUGCUGCAACAAAGGCUGCGUCUGAUGAUGAAGGACUGAAAGAAGAAGAUGAAUCUUCAUCCAAAGAGGAGAAUAAAGACGAGGAGCUCGACGAGAAGAAAGAGGCGACCAAAGUCAAGAAACCUAAGCGUCACAAUCCCUUCAUGCCACGGGUCAAGGCCACGGUUAUUCAGCGGCCCGGGCAGGAGGAUUCUGAAGAGAACGAUGGUGGGAACAGGUCCCUGUUCGACCGGCUGGAGGAUUUCCGUGUCGACCCGUCACAUCCUGAAAACCAUCAGGAUGUGGAGGAUCUCAUGGAGUGGUGGAACACGGUGGAGCAAUGGGAGGACACGCCGGAAGUUGAAGACAUGACAGAAAAGGAAGAGGCCAAGGCGUUUGCUUUGACGGCGGAAAAGGUGCAGAAAGGAAUCCGUGUGUUCAACAAACUGUUCUCGGAGCGAGCUGAGAGUCUCUGGAUGCACGUCAUCGACCUCAACAGCAUCGCCGACGGCUUGGACAAAUUCAACAAGAAAACCAAGAUCGCUCAGAUCACCGGCGGCUCCACCAGUGCCAUCGGGGGCGUCGCCACCAUCGCUGGCCUCGUUCUGGCCCCGAUCACCCUGGGAACCUCUCUGAUUGUGACGGCGGUGGGAUUGGGCGUGGCCACGGCAGGCGGUCUGACGUCAGCAGGCGCCGGCAUCUCCAACCAGGUCAACAACUCGAUGGACCGCAAGAAGGUGGAGAAGAUCGUGGAGGACUACCAGGUGAAGAUGGUGGACUUGAACAAGUGCCUGAAAUUCAUCAAGCAGGGAAUCGAAAACCUGCGCAGGUUCGACCUGCUCAAGAUGAAGAAACACGCCUACAACCGUGACUUCCCUGUGCUCAGUAGCAGCUUCUACGAGGACGGUGCCAUGGCAGGAAAAGCCAUCCUCAUCAACGCCAACGAGAUCAUGCGUGUGGUUCAGAUCGCCAACGUGGCCGGCAGCACGGCAGCCAGGGCGGUGCAGAUCGCCAGUAUGGCCACCGGCGUCCUCACCGGACUCUUCGUAGGCAUGGACAUCUACUUCGUGGCCAAAGACUCCAAAGAACUCAAGAAAGGGGCCAAGUCAGAGUUCGCUGCCAAAAUCAGGGAAGUGGCAACGCAGCUGCACGACGGUCUGGUGGAGCUCAACUCGAUACGGGAGGAGCUGCAGUCCACGACGCCGGAGGCCGUCGCCGAGGACGAAACGGCUGAUCUGGAAAACAACGAGAAAAAAGAAUAUAAAUAUAGUUCAGAUGAGGAUGAAGAUGAAAUCGACCGCAUUAAAAAAGCCAUCAAAAAGGACAUCGAAAACCGAGAAUAUGUUUGAACAAGGACCGGCUCAAAACUACAAUCAGUCGUAUUCUGAAUGUUCAAAGAGGAGACAUCACUCUUGAUGAAAAACUGUUUUCUAAAACUUUUCUUUUAGGGAACUGUCUGCUCCACGGCUGAUCAGCAUUUUUCUCUCACAGGAGGAAGUGAGAUUUGUGGUCAAUAAAGAUUAGAUUAAGUCUCACAUCUGUGCCAACGUCUCAAACGGCUGCGUCGCCUUUUCAGAGAGUGGGAUUCAAAAUGUUAAUUCAAUCGUGUAUUUUGAUAAAACUUGUUUUAGAUUUAUCAAAGAAACAAAUGCAGAAUAUUUUCUAGACUUUAUAUUUUUGACUUGUAAGAGUCAAAGUUUGUCGGUUCAUGUGAGAAACACUGGAGCUUUUACCGACCAGUGGUGGAGAUGGUGUAAACUCAAUGGGAGCUGUGCCUUUCUUAUUAAUAAUCAGAAAUACAGUGUGAUGCAGUGUAGCAUUAGUGUGUUUCAUGAAGUUGUGUAGGUGAAUGAAACCACUUCACCACAUCAUGUGCUGAAGGAUUUAGAUCGGAUGUGGGAUAUUCACGAUUUGUUUGGCUUAAUGAUAAUAACUAAUUUUAAAUAAUAUUGAUUUAAUAUAAUAAUAAUAAUACUAAGCUUUGUUUAAAUCUGCUGGGAAAAAUGGAUUUAUUCUUACAACAGUGCCAAUCCUUUGUAAAUGUAGCUGUUACUUUAUUUCUACGCACAUGGAGAAAGAUAUUUCAUCUCAUUAGGUUUUAGGGGGACUUUAGGGGAAUAACUGAACUUGCACAUGUUAUUUGCUCAUUUCGUCGAAUUGUUAUUAACAUCAUUUUUAAAUUUGUGUUAUAUUAUUUUGAACCAGUGUCAAAUUCAACAUCUCAUUUUCCUUUUCACUCCAAACUUGGUCUUAUUGUCAUAGUAUAACUGAAAUGACCAAGCCAGCACCAAGCUAAGAGUUGUGUCGUCCGUACUGUUUGAACUUCAUAUUUAUUUCUCUUCGGUCUUACUCUGGGUUGAUCUGGUUGUUUGGUGACACCUUUUUAAGUGCAAUAAACUGUAGAGCUUCAUGUGUCAUAAAUGUAAAUUGAUAAUAAAAAGUCAGAAACACAA